AUGGCGAUCUGUACUUAUAACGCACGUACGCUUGCAUCGGAAGCGGCCAUCGAAGAUCUGAUGAUGCAAGCCAAGAAGAUCAAGUACUACGUCAUCGGACUGACCGAGACGAGACGACGUCACCCUCUCAACGCCGUAUAUGAAACUGGAGAAGAACUGUUCUUAGGAACAUGCGACAGUAGAGGUGUUGGUGGAGUUGGCGUCCUCGUCAACACGAGUAUGGCAAAGAACAUCGACUCUUUUGAACAACUUACGACCCGAAUCGGACGUCUGCGGAUGAGAAGAUGUGGCCCAAUACCAGCUUUGACUAUCUUCGUCGUUUACGCUCCAACAUCAAGCUACGAAGAAGAAGAAGCCGAAGCUUUCUAUAUGGACCUGGAGAAGUUCUACCAAGAAGAUCAUGCCUUCUACAAGGUCAUAGUUGGCGAUUUCAACGCUAAGGUUGGCCCAAGAAGAACGCCGGAGGAACUUCACAUCGGGACCCACGGCCUACAAUGGAAUGACCAGGGAGAGAGGCUCGCCGAGUUCAUCAUGACGACUAAGACCAUCCAUGGGAACUCGCAAUUUCAGAAGCCCUCUUCUUUACGCUGGACGUGGGAGUCACCCGGUGGAGGGUACCGUAAUGAAAUAGACCACAUCAUCGUCAAUAAAAGGUUCUGCCUGACGGACGUCGGUGUUGUACCAAAGUUCUAUACGGGAUCGGACCAUCGCCUCCUCCGAGGAAGAUUUUCCUUCACAAGGAGAGCAGAGAAAGCCGCCAAGUUCAGAGAGAGAAAUCCCAGGACUACCAUCAACUGGGAUCUCUUCGCUACGCUGGCCGGCUUUUGGGAAGAUUCUGCAAUGGACAACAUCGACGAGGAAUAUGACCGGCUUGUCGAACACCUUCACGACUGCGCGAAGAAGGCUGAGAGUUUUAAAACCACCAGGAGGCGCCUGUCUCUUGAAACUCUUGAGCUGAUACGCCAGCGUGGAGCAGCACGAGCCGCAGGGAACCAAGAACUCACGUCCGAGCUCGCAAGGCUUUGCCGAGAGGCGAUAAAGGAAGACCUUAAAGAGAGAAGAGCAGAAGUGCUGGCUGAAGCUGCAGAGGCGGGGAAAAGCAUCCGCUAUGCCCGUCGAGACUUCGCCAGUCGCAAGACGAGGAUGACUGCUCUCCGGAACCCAAAGGGAACAGCCAUUGCAUCGAGAAGGGGGAUGGAGAAAAUCAUCUACGACUUCUACUCUGAUCUCUUCGACAGCCAUGUCCACUUGCCUCCUCACCAUCUGAGGGAAGAUGGACAAGUCAUUCCAGAGGUUCUCCCGUCCGAAAUACGACAUGCUAUCAUGUCGGUAAGAAAUCGUACGGCACCCGGUCCCGACAGAAUAAGACCAGAACACCUGAAGAGCCUUCCGCCAGUACUCAUCAACACCCUGGCGAGGCUCUUUACACGUUAUCUGUCGGAAUGCAAGGUUCCUAAACAGUGGAAGACCAGCAAGACCGUGUUGUUGUAUAAAAAAGGAGAUCCACAUGACAUCGGCAACUAUCGCCCAAUCUGCCUACUGUCCGUCAUCUACAAGCUCUUUACAAGAGUAAUCCUUAAUAGGAUUGAAAAAGUCUUGGAUGAAGGACAGCCAUGCGAGCAAGCAGGGUUUCGAAAAGGAUUCAGCACGAUUGACCACAUUCACACUGUUUCGAAACUCAUCGAGGUAUCACGAGAGUACAAGAUGCCGCUCUGUCUCACCUUCAUCGACUUAAAGAAGGCUUUCGACUCGGUUGAGACGGAAGCGGUCGUGGAAGCCUUGGACAACCAAGGCGUCCCUACUCAGUAUAUUAAGGUACUUCGAGAGUUGUACAGUAACUUCACGACCGGAAUUUCGCCAUUCUACAAGAACAUCAUCAUUGACGUGAAGAGGGGGGUCCGACAGGGUGAUACAAUUUCACCCAAAAUAUUCACAGCCACCCUCGAGAACGCAAUGCGAAAGUUGGAAUGGGACGACAUGGGAGUGAAGGUUGAUGGUCGGCAGCUACACCAUUUGCGCUUUGCUGAUGACAUCGUACUGGUAACACCUAGCAUCAGCCAAGCGGAACGAAUGCUGACCGAAUUCGACGAAACAUGUGGAUGCAUCGGUCUUCAGCUGAAUCUACAAAAGACGAUGUUCAUGCGGAACGGAUGGGUCUCGGAUGCCCCAUUCACGCUCAACGGAACGAACAUAUCCGAAUGCACCAGCUACGUUUAUCUGGGUCGGGAACUGAACAUGAUGAACGACCUGACCCCCGAGCUGGGCAGGAGGAGACGAGCGGCUUGGGGAGCGUACAAGAGCAUCGAGGAUGUAGUGAAGAAGACCAGGAACACCCGGCUCCGUGCUCACUUCUUCAACACCACCGUACUUCCUGCUUUGACCUAUGCUUCGGAAACCUGGGCAUUUCGCAAGCAGGAAGAAAACGCGGUGAGCGUCAUUGAACGCGCAAUUGAGAGAGUGAUGCUAGGAGUAUCCCGUUUCACGCAAGUGAGGGACGGGAUUCGAAGUUCCCUCCUACGUCAGCGAUCGAAGAUUAAAGACGCCGCCGCGUUUGCCAAGGAAAGUAAAAUAAGGUGGGCCGGACACGUGAUGCGCUUUGAUGACAACCGUUGGACCAGAGCCGUGAGCGACUGGGUUCCCCGCGAUAUUAAGCGCACUACAGGAAGACCGCCGACCCGAUGGCCAGAUUUCUUCACGAAGUCCUUGAAAGAAAAAUAUGAUGCUCUUCGUGUCCCACGCGAAAGGAGGAACCACUGGGCUACUCUGGCACGCAAUCGGGACAAAUGGAAGAAUUACUGGCGCCCGCUCGACCAGGUCGAAGAUCAACGGGAGUCAAGGUGA